AUGGCACAGCACACGCGCAGCGCGAAGCGGAUCGCCGGCGCCGCAGCCCAGACGCCCCGCCCCCUCUCCUCCAAGGCCGCCGGCAUCUGCGGCCGUCCCUUCAUCCACUCCCUGCUCGCCCAGCCCAGGGGCCGUCCAUCAGCCCAUCGGCGGUGCGCUCAGCCGAUCAUCAGCGCCUCUGCCGAUGGCGACUUCGAGACAGCGGUGUUUGACAAAGAGUCGGUGACCAUGGCCGGCGUGGCGGAGAGCAUCGUCCGCGGGGGCCGCGACAAGCUCACCCUCCUUCCCAAGGCCUUCGCGGGGAUCCGGCAGGUCGGCGUGAUCGGCUGGGGGUCGCAGGGCCCGGCGCAGGCGCAGAAUCUGAAGGAGUCGCUGGAAGCCGCGGGGAUGGGCGGCGACGUGAAGGUGGUGGUGGGCCUGAGGGAGGGGUCGUCGUCCGCGGCGGAGGCGGAGGGCUGCGGAUUCUCCAAGGCGGAGGGGACGCUGGGGGAGGUGUAUGAUGUCAUCGCGGGGAGCGAUCUGGUGAUGCUGCUCAUCUCCGACGCCGCGCAGGCAAAGCUCUAUCCAAGAAUUCUGGCUGCCAUGAAGCCUGGGGCAACUCUGGGCUUGUCACAUGGGUUUUUACUGGGUGUGAUGACAAACGAUGGAGUGGACUUCCGUCCGGACAUUAAUGUUGUCCUCGUGGCACCAAAGGGAAUGGGUCCAUCCGUACGACAACUUUACCAGCAGGGCAAGGACGUCAAUGGAGCAGGAAUAAACUGCUCCUUUGCUGUGCACCAGGACUUCACUGGGACAGCCACUGACAUAGCACUUGGAUGGGCGAUCGCCAUUGGCGCCCCAUUUGCAUUCCGUACAACAUUGGAGAGCGAAUACAAAAGCGAUAUAUAUGGUGAGCGCUGCAUUUUGCUAGGGGCAGUGCAUGGAAUCGUUGAAAGCCUUUUCAGGAGAUAUACAAGUGAAGGGAUGAGCCCUGAGGACGCUUUCAACCGCAGUGUGGAGAGCAUCACGGGCCCAAUCUCAAGGACCAUCUCCACCAAGGGCAUGCUGGCCUUGUAUGGGUCGCUGGAUGCGGCUGGCAAGAAAACCUUUGAGAAGGCAUAUUCGGCAUCGUACAAAGCGGCAUUGGACAUCUGCCUUGAGGUUUAUGAUGAGGUUUCCAGCGGGAGUGAAAUCCAGUCUGUCAUCCGCCGUUGUGCUCGAUUAGACGAGUUUCCCAUGGCCACCAUCGAUCAAACAUACAUGUGGCAGGUCGGAAAGAAGGUCCGUGCCCAGCGUGUGGAGGCAGACAUCCCACUGGACCCGUUCACUGCUGGCGUCUAUGUUGCGGUGAUGAUGGCAACGGUGGAGGUCUUGCGGAGGAACGGGCACCCCUACUCAGAGAUCUGCAACGAGUCGAUCAUCGAGGCGGUGGACUCGCUCAACCCGUACAUGCACGCACGUGGCGUGGCGUUCAUGGUGGACAAUUGCUCUCACACAGCCCGCCUUGGAUCACGGAAAUGGUACCCACGCUUCAUGGCCGCCCUGGAUGAGCAGGCAUACGUGAAGAUUGACAAUGAGGAGCCGGUGGACGAAGAGCUGCUGCAGAACUUCUUUAACAGCCCUGUGCAUGGGGCGCUGGCCACGUGCUCAGAGAUGCGACCUCCAGUGGACAUCUUUGUUGGGGGUGAAGGGUCCGACGUGGGCGUUGGUAUGGGCGCUGCAAGGGUGGAGUUCAAGAGCACAGCUGUUUCAUGA